ACCACAGGGAGUAAAGGAGCCCAGAGCAGUGUAGGAAAACAUCUUGGCUGGAUUGAACAGACACAACAUAUCUGGAUUUAUACUUAGUCAAGAGGACUCUCACUACAGACAAAAAGCUCCAAAAUGGAUGUCAUCACAAACUCCACAAACAUGACUGAAAACAACAGUACCAACAACACCAACCAGUGCCCCGAAGCUGAGGAGUGGGAAUGGCUUCAUACCAUUCAACCGGCUUACAUCCUGGCCAUCAGUGUCCUUGGAAUUCUUGGUAACGUCUUCGUCCUGUUGGUGUUCUGUCUGCAUAAGAAAGCGUGUACCGUAGCAGAGAUCUACCUAAGCAACCUGGCUGCUGCAGACCUUCUCCUGGUCUCCUGCCUCCCCUUCUGGGCAGUCAACGUGGCCAACGGCUUCGACUGGCCCUUCGGGUCCCUGCUGUGUCGUCUGGUCAGUCUGGGCAUCAAGAUGAAUGCCUACUGCAGUAUUUACUUUGUGGUUCUAGUCAGCAUGGAUCGCUAUGUGGCACUGGUCCACGCAAUGAGUCACGGACGGAUGAGGAGGCCAUCCUACGCCAAGCUAAGCUGUUUAUUGGUUUGGUCCUUUGGCCUUUUGCUGGGCACCCCCACGUUGCUUUUCAGGGCGGUGGAGUGGUUCCAGGAAUUUCAGGUGAAUGCCUGUUACCUGAAUUACCCCAGUACCCAGGUGGGGCUAACGUUCGAUGUGAUGCUCACUGUCUUUGGGUUUGCCAUACCAGUGUCGGUGAUAUCCUACUGCACUUGUCAGAUCAUGCAGGCCCUGAAUAACCAGGCCAUGGAGAGAUUCAACGCAGAGCACACCGAGAGGAAGGCUACUAUGUUGGUGCUAGCGGUUCUUCUGGCCUUCCUCAUUUGCUGGGUGCCCUUUCAUGUGGUUACGGCCCUGGAUGUCCUCAUGAGGGCUGAAGUGAUCUCUGGCUGCCUUCUCAGCAACAAUCUGGAGAUCAGCAACCAAGUGUUCAACUACCUAGCUUUCUUCAACAGUGUGCUCAACCCAGUCCUUUAUGUGAUUGUAGGGAAGAACUUCAGGAAGAAAGUGAAGGAGACGUUUGGACAGCUGUCAAUGAGGAAGAAGAUGACUACUGGGUCUCAACAAUCGCACCUGUCAUCCACGCUCAAAACAAUAGCUUGAGUUUGAGACACAUUUUGAGAGACAAAGAAAGAGCAUCCUGGGCUAAAACUAGAGGUUAAUGGGAGUAGAAAAAUCUCCACUGAGCUUUAAUGUAAAACUAGAGUCCAUCUGUUUUUGGAAUACCAACUCAAAAAAGAACAAGUUAUAACCGUUACCUCUUUGAUGACAAGACUUGAUUACUUACACCUUAGUUGAGAUGACCGCAUUGUCUUUUAUUUAAAUAGACUAAUAGCCUUGACAGUAUCAAUGUUUCAUUAUAACAAGAAAAACAUGCUUUAGUUGAGAAUGUAUUUAUCAGCAUGAUAUGUUAUCUUGGAUGACUGUGUCUUUUAGAUUUGCAAGAUGUGCACUUUAUUAAAAUACUUUACAUUGUGUGUUUUCUGUCAGUUCAGAUGUGUAAGCAGAAGCCUAUAGUAUUCGUUUGAAAAAUGUGUCUUGUAUUUACAACAAAUGUACAUAGAACAGUUGCAAACUUACUGUUACAUUUAAAAUAUUAUGAAGUUAAACAAAACAUGUCUGUCUGAUUCUUCAUGUUAAAUGCAUUUCACUGUCUGACCACCGUCUAAAAUUAGCUUUGAAUUCCACUGGCUAGUAAUUUAUAGUGUUUUCUCUGAAUAAAUGUCUGGAUGAUUA